AUGUGUUCAAAGAAUGAUAAGUUAGUCCUAAACAGUAUUUUUAACCCAUUUCUGCCCACAACUGAAGACAAUGAGACGACUGGUAACGACGUUGAGAUCAUCGGUGGUCCUGAAGAAGAAUUAGCCAAACAGUUGGAAAUCGAUGCCAUAAAUGCUGCCAAUUGUGCAGAAUAUGACCGAUCAUUGCAACUCUUAACUGAGGCUAUUAAUGCAGCGCCCAAUAGGGCAUCAUGGUCACAACUAUUAAUUGGAUUGAUUUAUAGCUACAACAAUAGGGCACAAGUGUAUCGAGUGAAAGGCAAUACCGAUCUUGCCUUUCAGGACCUAAAUAAUGCAAUUAACCUGAGCUCAGGUAAAGGUCUGGUCGCUCGACAAGCAUAUUGUCAACGAGGGCUCAUUCAUCUGCUUAAUGAUAGGCAGACUGAAGGUGUUGAAGACAUGAAAGUAUCGGCCAAAUUGGGCAAUGAAUUUGCGAGGGCACUGGUCGUCCAAAUGAAUCCAUACGCCGCUCUCUGUAACAAAAUGCUCAGAGAUAUGAUUGAUAAAUGUCGUAAUGGAGAGGAACAGUAGCUUAUAAAUACAGAUCAAUAAUUGCAAUUUUAUUAUUCCAUACAAACAAAUAUUAUUUCAUUUCUACUUAAUAUUACUGUACAUGUAUGCC